GCCAGGAAAGCUGAGUGGGGAUUUAGCCGCUCCCCGCCACAGCAGGAGGAGGAGCGGAGUGAAGCGAGGCAUCAACAGCGGUUUCCAAACCGGUCGAGAUUCAUAGCUCUUCCUCGCCGUUGCGAGGGUAUUUCUUGCCUCUCCCUUAAUUGAAUUUAGUGCGGGGGCGGGAGGUCGAGCUCGCCAGCGGUGCCCUCCCCUUUUGCUCAGGUAACGUUAUCAAUCGCCUGAGGGAAAACUCAGCCGCAGGUUCCUGAAGAGAAAAAGGAAGCGAUAAAGGGUGUCUCGGAGUAGCCGGCAGAACCUUUUCGAUCCCGCUGCUGUUUUCUUCGUUCUUCAGUCCGAAGACGAAGAGUUUUAGCUUAUUUUCUCCAAACCAUUCUGCGCCCCUCGCCGUUAUAAGUGAGGCUGGGAGCAGCGACAAAAGGAGCAGAGGGCCUGAGCCGACCGAGCUGCGAAAGGAGAGAGGGUCCGGCACAAGUUAACAAAAGGUGUUGGUAAUUGAUCUGUCUGGAACGCCGAGUUGAGAGGCGCCUGUCCGAGGAGGUGCGAACGAGCAGUGAAAUCUCCAAAACUGGGUCACCGCAAUCCAGGCAUCAGCUUGUAUAACUACUCCAUAUCAGAGCUAUUUCCCAAGACAAAUAGAAUUAGAGCAAAAAAUUUGCCAAAAGUCUGCGCUGACCAGUCGUGGAGCAAAUGUUCUGUUUCUUACAGAAGUAAAUUUUCCUCUAGAACAAGUGGCACAAGGUUGCCUGAUCAGUCAGCAGGCAAGAGCCUCAGGACGAUCAUGGAUGAUUACGAUGUAAGAUCUGCUGCUAGCAUUCUAGCUUCGGUUAAAGAACAGGAAGCCCGGUUUGAGAAGUUGACCAGAGCACUUGAGGAGGAGCGUCGUAAUGUAUCCAUGCAACUUGAGCGUGCCAGUAUUCCCUCAGACAGAGCGAGUAUAUCUCACAUUGGCAACAGUGAGUCCUUUGCAUGGCAGCAUCUAGUGUUACAGGAGCAAAGUCCAAAUAAUCAGACUUGUAAAGCAACGAUGCAGGAACCACACGAGUUGGUGGAAGAGACUGUUACUGUUGAGGAGGACCCAGGCACUCCCACCUCCCACGUGUCAGUGGUGACAUCCGAUGAUGGAACUACAAGACGAACAGAAACUAAGGUUACUAAAGUGGUUAAAACUGUGACAACUCGAACAGUUCGCCAAGUACCACUUGGUCCAGAUGGAUUGCCCCUGGAGGGUUCCUCCCCUGCUGGCAGUUGUACAGAUUCCAUCGACAGAAGAUACAUGAAAAAUGGAGACCGCUACGUCACACCACAGGCCAACUCCACUUUAACUAGAGUCUACAACAGUUAUCCAGAUUCAUACGAUAAUCAUCAUGACCUGUAUCGCUCAUACACAGGCCAGGAUGGAUUUGCAGAUGUAUCUGAUAACUACGGGAGCUUGUCACGAGGAGUCCAUUACCGCCCUCGCUAUGCCUAUAUGCCACGUGACAACUACAGACCAGAUGAAACCUACACACUGCCUAGCAGAAAUAAAUAUCCUGUUGCCCAGCCACAAGUGCAACCAGAUGGCACCCUUGACCUGAAUCGGUCUCAGCCAGAGCGUUUCCAGCCAGAGCCGUAUGGACUUGAAGAUGACCACAGAAGUCUAGGACCUGAUGAUGAUGGGUAUGAACUGGAUGGGGAGCCAGAACCUGAUUACUCCACAGCAGGUCGAAGAGCACCCACAAGGGCUAAUGGAAGGAGACCAAGGAGAGGCUAUGAAGACCCGAUUGAAGCAGAAAUCAUUGAAGAUCGGAUGCCAUACUUGACGGGAGUGUACAAUGCACCACUCGCUCAGCCUGAAAGGGGCAGCAUGGCCAGCCUCGACCGGCUUGGGAGGCGCUCACCUUCAAUAGACAGCAUCCGGAAAGAUCCCCGGUGGCGUGAUCCGGAUCUGCCGGAGGUUAUUGCAAUGCUCAGCCAUCACCUCGAUCCCGUUAAAUCGAAUGCCGCAGCCUACCUGCAGCAUCUGUGCUAUGAAAAUGACAAAAUAAAGAAGGAAGUAAGACAGCUGAAAGGCAUUCCUAUUCUAGUGGGACUUCUGGAUCACCCAAAGCCAGAUGUCCAUCGUCGGGCCUGCGGUGCUCUGAGAAAUAUCUCUUAUGGCAAGGAUCAUGACAGCAAAGUGGCAAUCAAGAACUGUGAUGGAAUUCCUGCACUGGUUCGUUUGCUACGGAAGACCAAUGACAUGGAAGUUAGAGAACUAAUCACAGGUACACUGUGGAACCUGUCAUCUUAUGAACCCCUCAAAAUUGUGAUUAUUAAUCACGGCCUCCAGACUCUCACAAACGAGGUCAUCAUCCCACAUUCGGGCUGGGAGAAUGAACCCAACGAGGAUUCCAAGCCACGUGAUGCUGAAUGGACAACAGUCUUCAAAAACACAUCAGGAUGUCUGAGGAAUGUGAGUUCAGAUGGGAGUGAUGCUCGUCGAAGGCUUCGCGAAUGCGAGGGUUUGGUUGACGCACUUCUGCACGCACUGCAGUCAGCAGUGGGUAAGAAGGACAUGGACCGGAAGUCAGUUGAGAAUUGUGUAUGCAUUAUGAGGAACCUCUCCUACCAAGUCCACAGAGAAGUACCAGGAGCUGACAAGUUUCGUGAGCCAUCCACCGACCAGCAAACUGGAACCGGGGGUGCGCAGAAGAAAAAGAAAGAUGAUUCUGGUUGUUUUGGUGGAAAGAAGGCAAAAGGCAAAAGGAAUGUGGACACUGACAAAAAUUUCGAUACUUUGGACUUGCCAAAACGGAUUGAACCAGUGAAAGGUUAUGAGCUGCUGUACCAGCCUGAAGUGGUGCGACUCUACCUGUCCUUGCUCACAGAAAGCCGAAACUACAACACGUUGGAGGCAGCAGCAGGCGCCCUGCAAAAUCUGAGUGCUGGGCAAUGGACAUGGUCGAAUUACAUUCGCUCGACUGUGCGUAAAGAGAAAGGCCUCCCGAUCCUGGUGGAACUGCUGAGAUCAGAUUCUGAUAAGGUUGUACGAGCAGUGGCAAUAGCGUUACGGAAUCUCUCAGUGGAUGGGCGUAAUAAGGAUCUCAUAGGUAAUUAUGCCAUGCAUGAUCUGGUUAGCAAUCUGUCAGGUGGCCAACAAAGACCUGCCAAGAACCUUGAAGAAGACACGAUAGUGGCGAUACUCAACACUAUCCAUGAGAUUGUGACCGACAGUUCGUCAAAUGCAAGGUCCCUCAUUCAAGCACAGGGCAUUGAAAAGCUGGUGGCAAUUAACAAGUCAAGCCAGUCAGUGAGGGAGAUGAAGGCUGCGGCCCAUGUCUUGCAAACUGUAUGGAGUUACAAGGAGUUGAGAAACCCUUUGCAUAAAGAUGGUUGGAACAAGUCCCACUUUCAGCCAAAUGUGACUACGCUUCCCAAAGGAGCUAAAACUGGUGGAAAGUCAAGUGGUUAUGAUGACAGCACCCUGCCAUUAAUUGAAAGGAACCAGAAAGAUGGUAACAAAUGGUCUGGUGAAAUGAUACCCAUGGAACAGUUUGGUCCAGAUACGUAUUCUACUCUUGAUCAGAGCGAGAAAGAGCGCAAGUACAAGACUACAGAUAUUUCUGGGGACGCCUUUGAACGGCAACCAUUGCGGAAUGAUACAAAUAAGAGAAACUUUGACAGGAUUAAUAGGGCCUCAGUGAAUCUUGUGGAUGCUCAUGACACUAAACCUCAGCCCGUUGACUCCUGGGUCUAAGUGCAUGCAUGGCAUGAAAUGCAACAGUCAUGAACAUUAUACCAAGGAUCUAUCUCAUUGUUCACCAUUGCCGUUCGAUUUGGAGGACUUCAUUUCAUUGAAGCCAUCAAUUAAAUUGACAGAGGAGCAGACAAGUCCCAGAUGUUCCAAUUUUAAAGUGCUACGUGUUUCCAGGGAUACGAGAGAGGGGGGGGUUCGGGUUGGGGUGGGGAGGGAAGGGAAGGAGUCAGCUGUUGCAAGCCAGUCUCCAAAUGCAGCGGUCCCAAGCCAAAACUUUGCUUUAGUCUGGUUGGAUCCAUUUAUCUUUUGGAAGAGGAAUGUGAAAGAUGCAGAGAAUGUGAUGUGGUGAAGAGAAGGGAAGCCAAGAGUGUGUUUCUUUUUUAUAAACAAUACAACUUUUCUAUGCUUUUCCGACUGGAUUCAGAGUAGUUUUUCCACAAUAGAAACCCUUUACUAGAAUUUUUUUGGAUUGUAAAAAUCAAGUUUAAAUUUGUGUUCACUUUAUGAUGGGUUUUUAUUCAGAAUGAGGCUGAAGAUGUCGUGCAGUUACUGGAAGAAAGUAAGUCAGAGGAAGGAGUUUGAUAUGUGAGGCAUGAAAGCGUUGAAGUUAAUCACCUGAGUGACCUAACCUUACAUAGACCGCUGGAUUUUUUGAAUUCGUGUGUAUAUACAGCUAUAACUGAGAUAUUACAAGUUUCAUUAAGAAAGUACAAAAUAUUUCAAUUGAAUGGGGCAGAAUUAUGCCAGUUCUUUGAAUGUGGAAGGAAAUUUUAAUUCCCGGGUGGCAUAACCUUUUCCCCAUUUUGUAAAUGUUACCCUGUACCGGUUUGGAUUUUUACUGCCUGUGGAAUUAUGAUGAAGCCCAGAAUUAUUAUUGGGAAUGCUCUGAUUUAUGACCCUCUUCACUUUGUUUUGUAACUUCAAGACCAGCAUGAGACCGAACAGAUUGAUGCUGGAUUGCAACCAGUGUUGCAAUACAGCAAAAAGACUUUUACCCCCCUUCCCUCCUGCCCCACAGUACAUAUCCAAGAAUUAACAAUGCUGUUUUGGUGCAAUUAAAAUUGUCUGUACUUUGAACUGUAAUGCAUCAUUUUACUCCAAAAAUAUUUGUGAAGUUCCAGUUGAUUUUUUACUAAUAGCAGCUGAGUUUUGAACUCUGAAGUUUCAUCCCACGUCACUGGAGACCACACAGGUUAAUCGCCAACCACUUGAUAAAAAAUAAUUGAAGUUUACUCAGCAUUCAUAAUAACUGACAUGUACAGUACAUAUCUAUCGUUGUCUAACAAUACUGAUUGGCUUGACGUUUGCAAUGCCAUGUUGAAGCAGAACUGUGAUUUUUUUUAAAACAUUUUAUUUUGGGGGAAAAGGGAGGGAUAAUUUUGAAGUUUUCUUUCGGAUAAUCUACCUGAUGGAUGAAACUGGGAAACGGCAGUUGCCAAAACAGAGACGCGACGUUUGCUGUUAAUUCUCUUCUGUUACCAAAGGGUAGGAAAAUGGAGGUGGUCUCUUAAGUACACUUAUAAGAGCUGUCUGUGAUCUUUAAUUCUGUUUCUUUUGUGUAGUCCAUGCUGCAGUUGACUGCUUUGAAGAAUCAGUAAGCGAGGUCGGCCAUUCUGGUUGUAGAUAUUACUGUUUGGAUUUCUGGAAACUUCUGGUUGUUAGUGGCAAAUGUGUUUGUACUAUCAUGUGCCUUAAACUUUUCAUGGUAGAAAAAGAUAAUGUGUUUUUAUAAAUAUAUAUAUAAUAUAUAUUACUCUUAGCAUAACUGUAGUUUAUACUGGUGGAUAUUGCAUUGCAUUACACUGUAAUAUAAAUUACAUUUAACAAUGACUUAUGCUUUCUUAGCUCUAUGCUACAGAGACCGAAUAUAUUAUGUUUAAUUCCACUAAUACCCUGCAGCAAAUAGAAAGCUUGUUAAACCAGGUUUGUAGAAUUAUCAACUUGGUGUGUUUUCAAUAAACAAUGCCUUGAAAUUA